ACAUUUUAGCUUAUCUAAGCUUAUACCAAAUAAGACUAUUACUGCAUGGUUAUAUGUGAAAGAAAAACCGUAACAUUAAACGGAGCUACACAGGAACCAAUGCAACACAAAGAACCAGGAGUCAAGAAUAUUACAAGUUACUUGAAAAACACGAAACAUUAUGCCACAAAAGUCUUUGAUUCAGGAGAGGCUAGUGGUUUUAUCCCGGGGAUGUUAUUUGAUGAUAUCAACUGCAUGUAAAUUAAAUCGUAUUUUCAACAGAAAAUGAUGCUUUGGACAUUUGGAUAUCAGAGAGGUAUAUGAAUUCCAAGACUACAUCAUGAUUCAUGACCAGGCUGAGAUUGUAAUGAAGUUCACUAUCAAUGAAAAUAUAUACAUACCUUAAUUCAAUAAAAAUUAAACUAAUCUGACCUUUACUUGGAGUGAAGUAAUAAUACUUAAUUUAGGAAGGCAAUAUUUUGAAUUUAUCAUUACUAUGGAAAACACCAUGGACCAUGAUACAUGCAGCAAGGUCAACAAUGUGGAUGGUGUGUUGAAUAAUGCAAACGGUGUGAUGAAUAAUGAUGGUGGUGUGAUAAAUGAUGAUGGUGUGAUAAGUAGUGGUGUUCAGAGACUAGCUAAUGGCCAGAAAGGAGAACAUAUUUGUGAUAUAUGCCAUAAAGUGUACAGAUUUAAGUCAGUACUAGCUGAACAUUAUAAAAUCCAUACUGGAGAAAAGAACUUCAAAUGCAAUGUUUGUUCUAAAAGAUAUGGGAAGAAGUCUUCUCUCAACGAACAUUAUAGAAUUCAUACUGGAGAAAAGAACUUUAAAUGUGAUGUUUGUACUAAAAAAUUUACACAAAGGUCUAAACUUAACACACAUUAUAGAAUUCAUACUGGAGAAAAGAACUUCAAGUGUGAUGUUUGUUCAAAAACAUUUACACAAAAAUCUGCCCUUAACAGCCAUUAUAGAAUUCAUACUGGAGAAAAGAACUUCAAAUGCAAUAUUUGUUCUAAAACAUUUGCACAAAAGUCUCAUCUUAAUGUGCAUUAUAGAAUUCAUACUGGAGAAAGGAACUUCAAGUGUGAUGUUUGUUCAAAAACAUUUACGCAAAAAUCUACACUUAACGAUCAUUAUAGAACUCAUACUGGAGAAAAGAACUUCAAAUGCAAUAUUUGUUCUAAAACAUUUGCACGGAAGUCUAAUCUUAAUGUACAUCAUAGAUAUCAUACUGGAGAAAACAACUUGAAAUGUAGUAUUUGUUCUAAAAUAUUUGUGACACAGUCUCAUCUUAAUAAGCAUUACAAAAUUCAUACUGGAGAAAAGAACUUCAAAUGUGAUGUUUGUUCAAAAACAUUUAUGCAAAUGGCUUCUCUUAACAGCCAUUAUAAAAUUCAUACUGGAGAAAAGAAUUUCAAGUGUGAUGUUUGCACUAAAACAUUUCGCCAUAAGUCUCAUCUUAAUGAGCAUUGUAGAAUUCAUACUGGAGAAAAGAAUUUCAAGUGUGAUGUUUGUUCUGAAACAUUUCGCCAUAAGCAUCAUCUAAACGGUCAUUAUAGAAUUCAUACUGGAGAAAAAAAUUUCAAAUGUGAUGUUUGUUUUAAAACAUUUGCACAAAAAUCUUAUCUAACAAAACAUUCCAAAAUUCAUACUGAAGAAAUGAACUUUGAAUGUGAUGUUUGUUUUAAACUAUUCAGGCGAAAGUCUAGUCUUAACUUACAUUAUAAAAUUCAUACUGGAGAGAAGAACUUUAAAUGUGAUAUUUGUUUUAAAACAUUUGCACGAAACUACGAUCGAAACAGACAUUAUAGAAUUCAUACUGGAGAAAAGAAUUUCAAAUGUGAUGUUUGCUCUAAAGCAUUCGGGCAAAGGUCUUCUCUAAAUCAUCAUUACAGAAGUCAUACUGGAGAGAAAAACUUUAAAUGUAAUGCUUGUUCUAAAGCAUUUGCACAGAAUUCUGAGUUAACAAGACAUUUUCAUAUUCAUACUGGAGAAAGGAACUUUAAAUGUGAUGUUUGCUCUAAAACAUUUGUGCAAAAGUCAUAUCUUGACAGACAUUAUAAAUUUCAUACUGGAGCGAAGAAUUUCAAAUGUCAUGAUUGUUCUAAAACAUUUGUACAAAAGUCUUCUCUUCAUGAUCACUAUAAAAUUCAUACUGGAGAAAAGAACUUCAAGUGUGAUGUUUGUUCAAAAAUGUUUACGCAAAAGGUUACUCUUAACACACAUUACAGAAUUCAUACUGGAGAAAAGAAUUUCCAAUGUGAUGUUUGUUUAAAAACAUUUACUCAAAAAUCUUCUCUUAACAGUCAUUAUAGAAUUCAUACAGGAAAAAAGAAUUUCAAACGCAACAAUUGUUCUAAAACAUUUGCAAGAAAGCCUGCACUAACUGAGCACUUAAAAGUCCAUACAGAAGAAAGAGCCUGAUAUCUAACAUUUGUUAUGAAGCAGUUCCCAAAUCAUAAUGAAGAG